AUCUUGUAUGCUUGGGAGUGACUAAAAGACUUCUUCAAUUUUGGGUUAAAGGUGAUAUUUCCCAAAGAUUUCCGAAAGUUGUGCUAGAUAAAAUUAGUACUUUUUUUGUUUCUUUAAAAUCUUAUAUUCCUGUGGAAUUUGAAAGAAAACCUAGGUCUCUGCUAGAAGUGGAUAGGUGGAAAGCCACGGAAUUUAGGCUGUUUUUACUGUACCUUGGCAUGGUCACCCUCAAAGACAUUCUGCCACAACAAAAAUAUAUACACUUUUUGACAUUAUGUUGUGCAAUCAGACUGUUAUCUAUGGACUUGUGUCAGGAAUAUAAUGAAUAUGCCAAGAAGUUAUUGAUAAACUUUGUUAAAAAUUAUGAUUCAUUAAAAGAAGCAAAAAAAAGGAGCAAAAAAGAAGUUAGUACUGAUGAUGAGCAGCUUGGAAAAGGAUUUCGCGCUCCAAAACCGAAGGAUUAUUAUAGCCCUGAUACAUCCGUGCCGAGGAGAAGAAUGGACAAGGAUCAAUAUGAAUUUCCACCUACAUUGGAAAGUAUGAAUAAUUGUGUUGCACCCGUAACAGUAGAGAGAAUGAACUCGUUUUUACCUGGGGAACAUUAUGUGAAUACUGUUAUUAGUAAUCGGCAGAAUCAUAUAGAUAUAGUAGAACCUACUAAUCUUGAAUCUGUGAAUUCUGAAGAAACACUCUUGACCGAGUUAGGUGUACUCUCUGAUGCAGAUGAAAUAUCAUCUUCAGGUCGUUCAGCAGCAAAAGUUGAUCGUCUUGAAGAAAAGUUUGAUAAAAUUAUUGAAAUCUUGAGUGAACACAAGUUAAUGCUUGAAGAAUUAAUGGGGCAGUGUCAAAAGGAAAAAUCCUCACUAGAGCCUUUUGCAUUUGAUCUCCCUUUGGGUAACUUAGAAGACAUAAUGUCUCUGGAAGGAAAACUGGCAGACAAAACAUUUCUUGCACUAUUUGUGAAGGAUUUGGAAAAUGUUGGUGGCAAUGGGCCAAAGGAUUUUGUCUGUCGACUUUUGAAAACUGUUUUCACCAACCAGCUGGGUGAAUUGUGUUCCUGGACAGGAGUACCAUGCUGUUUAUAAAAAGUUUGAAAUAUCUAAGAAGGAUUUUGAUGUCCAUGUCAAGGAUUGGCUACGAAAUUCGAAGCAAAGAAGAAUAAGGGAGGAAAGUAAAGGGGAAAAAAAUAAUAUACUUCCAACUUUAGAUGUUUAAGGGCUGCCGUUAACUUAGACUUAUGACGUAAGCGGCUGGUUGACAUUCCCUUAAUUUAUGCCGUUAACCUGAUCGGAUAUAUAUUUAUAUUUUACGGAUAUGGAAAAAUUUUUGUAUUUGAUAGCUUUGAAGGCAGUAAACGUCUUUCUUUUAUUUUAUUUCAACAACAGCAAACUUAUUUGACUUUUAGAUUCAUUAUAUACUUAUCAAAGUGGUCUUUAAAUCCAAGAAAAGAUGUAAAUUCAAUAUAAUGUACAGGAUGCUCCACUUUAAAUAAUAACGUUAUGGAGCAUCCUAUAUAAUCUAAAAUGUGAGAAAUUUGAUCUGGUGCAAACUUUUUUUAAAAACACUUGUUUAUUAGGUUAACCGUAAGUGAGCUGAACUUUGUUACACUAAUGGGUCACUCUGUAUAUGAAUAUAUUUUUCCUUUAAAAUA